UGAAACCCGGUUGUCGCUGCACCGCUGUCGUAACAGGUUGCGCUUUUCCGUAUUUGUGUUUGUGUACUCGUCCCCUUCAUUCGGCUUCCACUCUUCCUUCUGUUUGCCAGCGGUCGUUCAGUUUGAAACGUGGCAGGGAACCGUUGCAGAUGUCGGGAAGACCUUCCUUCAUUCUUCCCUUCUGCAAUGAAUGUUGACAUUUCACGAUUCCACAUAUCCAUUCCCUACGUUUUAUUAUUCUUUUAUUCGUUAUCUUCUGAUGACUUGCAUAGUCGGCAUUUCGCCUGCGGAAGCUUGCCACAUGCGUUUGGUCGUUUGCCGCGUUCGGACGUGUUUCAUGCGCACCGUUGGAUCUCGCGCGCGCCUGUCAUAAGCGAUUCGAUCGAUCCUUUCGUAGUUGUCAACAUAUACCACAAGGAUUAAGGUGCUUGUUCCGGAAACGAACCCAACAAUCACAACAGGAAUAUUAAUGUGCUAAUAGUGAAGGAAACCAUUUGAAGUGCUUAUUAGUGUAACAGACAGGCGAACGAAAACGGGAAUUGUUGUAGGUGCGCAAAAUGUUGGAAUUUUACCACAAUAUUAACCUCAACACUGGAAUAACACAGGGUCAAACGGCGGAGACUAAUUUGCGGGAUAAUUCAAUCGACGGCAGCGAACGGACAGACAUAGUCGGGACAAUCAAAUGCGAAAGGACGCAAGAAAUUUGCGAAGGGUGUGGUCAGAAAAUCAAAGACCGGUACUUCAUGAAGAUUUCCCCAGAUCAGUACUGGCACGAACAAUGCUUACUCUGCUGCAUCUGCCACAUCCAGCUAAACCAGUCCUGCUUUACAAAAAACACCAAAGUGUACUGCAAAGAUGAUUACUACCGAAUCUACGGUCUCCCCCAACUGCAACAACAGCAGCACCAAACUGUGUCUCGCGACUGCUACGGCUGUGGUGAACGAAUAGCGCCGAACGAAAUGGUGAUGCGUGCCAAAAAUCUAGUCUACCACCUAAACUGCUUUCUUUGCUUUACCUGCAACAGACCGCUGCAAAAGGGUGAACCAUUCUCUUUGCGAGCGGGUAAACUCAUCUGCCAACACGACCUAGAAAAGGACAUUUACAAUAACCUGCACACAAUUAAUCCGCUUCAAAAUCCCCACCACCCGUACGGUGAGGAUGACUACGUGCUGGAAGACGGAAUACGCUCUCGCGAUGGUCGGCGGGGGCCCAAACGACCACGAACGAUUCUUACCUCAGCGCAGAGACGGCAAUUUAAGGCGUCAUUCGAUGUGUCUCCGAAACCCUGUCGGAAGGUCCGAGAGGCAUUAGCCAAAGACACUGGUCUAUCGGUACGAGUGGUGCAGGUGUGGUUUCAAAACCAGCGAGCGAAAAUGAAGAAAAUUUCACGCAAAAAUAAGACGGGCCAGAACAACAGCAGCGAUGGCGAUAAAAAUCUUUCGGAUAAGGAGGAAAAGUCAAUCAAACUCGAAUCACCCAGCAGUGAUCAUGGUCACUAUCUUGGCAUCGAUGGAUCAUACGGGUCGUCUAGUCAACCACUGAACCCCAACUUGCCGUACUCACCAGGUACGUUUUCUGAUUUUCCGGAAAAUUCGGAUGCCAGUAUGUGCAGUAGUGACAUUUCGCUGGACGAAAGCUUCGACAAUCUGGAUGAGGGUACUUCAGAUACUAUGUCACUGCAAAACCUAGACCUUCAAACCAAUCUUAAUGGCAGCAGCAACAGCAACACCAGUGCCAGCAACAAUACCGGUACCAAUUUAGUCAAUCACAAUAAUAACAACAUUAAUGGGUUGAUAUCCGGGAACAGCAUUACUCACAUCGACAAGCUUUAUCUGAUGCAGAAUUCGUAUUUUAAUGCCGCGCCCAUCGAGCAAUGAUCAGACCACGGACCGAGGGCAACGGCAGUACUGGGAGGCUGCCGCGCGAUGAAUCAUCAGUAUCUAGCUGAGCAAAUUUGCAAAAAUGAACGCAACGCAGUGUGAACAUAACGGCAUUACGGUUUACGUUAAAAUUAGUUUGAGUUUCGUUUGGCCGAACAUUAUCCGCACGCCAGCAGAGAGCAUUUCAACUAGUCAAUAACUAUUAAAAUCAUAUUUCAUGCAAGAUUUAUUCUCUUGAUAGUGCAGAUUUAUAUCCAUCGGGGUGAUAAUCAAUUAGUCAGCGAAUACUUUUUAGUCGAGUAAUAUUUAUUUACUCUUACACCACGAAACAGUAUUUUGCGUAAUUAAUUUAUGAACGAAACGUUAUGUAAAAAAUCAGACAGAAACAAUGUACACCAUGUUUAAGUAUUGUAAAUUUAUUGUAGUUAUUAUUUAUUUCUAAACUGACAAUUAAUUGUUGUGCUGGAGAUAUUUCGAUCCAAUGAACCUCAACUGCAACCAAGUCAUUUGAGAUAGGAUGUGAAACAAGUUAUUUCUCACAAGCAAUGUAAAAUUUUAG